GGUCUAACUUAUAACCAUCAGCAGUGGGUACUUGCCUAUUAACAAGUGCGGGCGCAAACCUAAAGACAAACUUCCAAAAUCCCUCUUUCUUGAUAUUUUCCUUUCUACCACCACAACACAUAGUGAAGACUAUUGCAGUAAGGCUUUUGAGACUCCAGGCUCAGUAUUCGAAACAGUCAAGUCAGAAUCAAUAAAAAAAUCCAUUCACAGGAAAUCUAGUCUUGAAAAUGCCUGACAAGUGGGAUGAGGAAUCCUCCGGAGAGGAGUCGGAGCAAACACCCGCACAAACUGCCGUUUCGAACCGAAGAAAGUUCGAUGAUGAGGAGGAUGACGAUGAAGUCUUAGAUUCCUGGAGUGCGGCUGAAGAUUCUGAAGUUGAGCGCGAGAAAGCAAAGGUUGAAGCCGAGCGAAAGGCGAAGGCUGAUGCACUGGCUGCUGCAAACAAAAAGUCAAAGGCCCAACGUGUCGCUGAGAAGCAGGCCGAGAGAGCACGACAACUGGCAGAAGGUAGCGAUGAGAGCAGUGAAGAGGAUGAGGCUACAAGAAGAGAACGUCUCAGACGAACCGAACAAGAAUCCGAUUUGAAGCACGCUGAGGAUCUUUUUGGCAGCAUUGGUUUCAACUCUCGCAAGUCUACGAGUGCUGCGAACGCAGUGCAAAUUGACGAAAAGAACCCCGCGGCGACUGUCGAUUUGACAACCCUCCCACUUUUCGAUCCUAAGACCAAGCUGCAAUUUGAGAAGCUCCGCGAAACUCUUGUCCCUCUUAUUACCAACAAUGCCAAGAAAGCACAAUACAUCAUCUUCUUGCAAGAGUUCACUAAGCAGAUUUCCAAAGAACUUCCAAGUGAUCAAAUCAAGAAGAUCGCCAGUACACUGACGGCUUUGAGUAACGAGAAAAUGAAAGAGGAGAAGGCAGCUGAAAAGGGAGGAAAGAAGUCUAAAGCACAGAAAACCAAGACUACCUUGAAUGCAAGCAGGGACACUAUGGGCAGCAAAGAUACCCAGGCCUAUGAUGAUGAUUUCGGAGAUGAUGAUUUUAUGUGAAAGGGCUUCAGUUGUAGUUAUCACAACUCAGUCUCUCCAGCAUCCGUCAAAACUGGGAAUACAUCCCCAAUGGAAUUUUACACGGUCCUACUCAGGUACAAAAGUAUUACUAGUGUCUAGCGAGCCCUACACACUGCAUAUACAGAACCUGCCGAAGAUGAAGUUGCUCCUUUACGAAUGCACGACGAAACAUUGAUACAUAGAUGACAGCAAAUGGUGCUGGGUCGGAUUUGGGUCGGUUUAGUGAUUGGGGGGGAGUUAAUGACAUGACUGGUCUGAUAUUUCUAGGUUGCACUUCGGUUCUUCCUUGACUUCAAGAUUUGCUAUACAUACUAGUCGGAUUUAAGCAUGGAUAGACAUAGCGAGCACGACUGAACGUAAUUUUGGGAAUAUACCUGCUUCUAUACCUUUUUA